GUUUUUUCCUAUCAAAUGCCUAAUAUGUACCUGAGCUCAAUUUAGGCUGGAAGGAAUACAGAUGUGACAAAAGGCUUUUGAAAAGUUUUUGACCAUAAAGGUUGCCAUUGAAAUAUGUAAACACGACAGGAAUUCAUUGUUGGGAACAACCUUUGGAUGCCCUUUCAUGUUUACGAGGCCAAAGAAUGAAAACAGGUUCUCUUUUCCUUUUUUGUUUUUGGGCCCUCCCCGUGAAAAGCCCUUGGAUGUCAUUGAUUGGCGCGCCGCGGCUGUCAAUCAAGGAUGGGCGUGGCCAUGUGCCAAACGCCACUUCCAGUAAAAGUGCUCACAUGCUGCACAGCGCGCAGAGUCAACUUGCCGCGACGAACAUUGACGCGCCAGGACGCUGCGCACUUUCACGCUCGUCUUUUUUUUUUUUUUAUGCCUCCACGCUCUUUGGACACUUUUUUUUCCGCCUUUUGAUUUCGUUCAACUGUCAUGGGAUGUAACUUCUAAAGUUAAGUGACUUUCUCCGGAGCUCCCGCGUUUCCCGGACGUUUAUCUCGCGUUUUUAUUUUGGUUGAAUUCUUUUUUAUUUUGCCACUGUCACCAUCAUCGAGGGGGUAAGACCCCAUCCCAUCACCCUUUCGACCACCAUGGCGGAAGCGGCCCAGCAGCAGCAACAGCCACACCUGGUGGACAUAGACCCGGACUUCGAGCCGCUGGCCAGACCCCGCUCGUGUACUUGGCCCUUGCCCCGGCCGGAGUUCGUCACCCCGGGCGACUCCAACACCUCGUCGCCGGUGCCGUCCAUCAAGCAGGAGCCCGCCGGCAACGAGUACAUCAGCAACCUCAGCCUACUGGAGGAGAACGAGGACCUGUGCGCCGACUUCCAGUGUCAGGAGACGUGCGUCCACCAACAUCCCACCCCCCGGCCGCAGCAUCAGCAUCACCCCAACCCCGCGCUCCAGCAGCAUCCCCAUCCGCAGCAGCCGCAGCAGCAGGUGCCCCUGCUCUCUUCCCCGGUGGCCACCUCGCCGUCGUCGGCCGCCGCAGCCGCCGCCGCCGCCGUCGCUGCCCAGAGGAAGAGCAGCUCGUCCCGGCGCAACGCCUGGGGGAAUAUGUCGUACGCGGACCUCAUCACCAAAGCCAUCGAGAGCUCCCCGGAGAACAGACUCACCCUGUCUCAGAUCUACGACUGGAUGGUGAAGAGUGUGCCUUAUUUCAAAGAUAAGGGCGAUAGCAACAGUUCUGCCGGGUGGAAGAACUCCAUCAGGCACAACCUGUCGCUGCACAGCCGCUUCAUCCGCGUCCAGAACGAGGGCACGGGCAAGAGCUCGUGGUGGAUGCUGAACCCCGAAGGCGGGAAGAGCGGCAAAUCGCCUCGGCGACGGGCUGCCUCCAUGGACAACAACAGCAAAUUCACCAAGAGCCGAGGACGGGCCGCCAAGAAGAAGCUGUCCCUUCAGAGCGGCCCGGACGGCGGCGCCGACAGCCCGGGCUCCUACAACAAGUGGCCCGGCAGCCCCAACUCGCACAGCAACGACGACUUUGACGCCUGGAGCAGCUUCAGGCCUCGCACCAGCUCCAACGCCAGCACGGUCAGCGGGCGCCUCUCGCCCUUCAUGCCCGAGGACGACCUGGGUGAGGCGGAGGCGCACCUGGGCUACCCCGGCGCGCCGGGGACCAAGAUGACCGCCACGCUGCCCAGCCUCAGCGAGAUGACGGGCUCUUUGGGACACGGCUCCGAGAACGUCAUGGAGAACCUCCUGGACAAUCUGAACUUGCUCUCGCCGAACAACUCUCAGGUUGGCGGAGGGGCGGCCACCCCCGGGUCCUCCCAGUCCUCCCCGUCUCCGAUGAUGCAGUCCAGCCCCGGGUACCCCCCUUACAGCUCCCCCAGCAUGGCGUCGCAGCCUCAGCAGGAGUACCGCAAGUGCGCGUACGGUCAAGCGGCGAUGAGCGCUUUGUCGCCCAUGCCCAUGCAGACCUUGCCGGAGAGCAAGCCCGCCUUCGGGCCCGGCAUGGGUCCGUACGGCCACGGGUCGGUACAACUGCCGGGGCUCCUCAAGGAGCUGCUGACGUCGGACGCGGACCAGCACGGAGACCUCUUGCCCUCGGUGGACACGGCGGUGUCGCAGUCCGGCGGGGGCCGCAUGCUGCCGCCGUACGGCGGCGGCCAGCACGUGGCCAAACUGAUGGCGGCGGGGAACGGUCACCCCCACGGCCUGUCCCACGCUCAUCCGCACGCCUCGCCGGCCAUGAACGGCCGUCUGCUCAUGUCCCUCAACCACGGCGGCAGCUCGGCGCGUCCGCCUUCGGCCAAGAACCAGAUGCAGAUGGCGUACGGGCUCUCGGGCCACCUGGGCGGCGGCGGCGGCCUCGGCGGCGUGCCCGGCGGAUUCUGCCCGCUCAACACCAACGGAUACGGACGGCUGGGCCUGGCGCCGCCCCCCCACCUGGAGAAGCUGCCGAGCGACCUGGACGACAUGUCCAUCGAGAAGUUUGAGAUCGACAUGGAGACCGUCCUCCACGACACUCUGAUGGACGGCGACUCGCUGGACUUCAACUUUGAGCCGAUGGUGACCCAGCAAGGCUUCCCCCAUGGGGUGAAGACCACCACGCACAGCUGGGUGUCUGGCUAGGCGCUGGGCUAGCGCAAAUAUAAAACGAAACAAAAAAACAGUACAAUCAACCUGACUGAUUUUUGCUGUUUGGUCAAAAGUUUCUUCUUCAACAUUCCUGUUUGAAAACUACUUUAAUCGAUCACUUGAAAGAUAAAAGUGCCAGCCAGGUUUUGAUCGACUGGAAUUGUUCAUCUUUCCAAACGAAGUGCCAAAUUUGCCUUAACGAAGGAGCGUUUACGCCACACCACCCUCGCUUGGGGGGGUCUGUUGAAUUAUCCAGGAAGGUUGAAUCAAAGGCAACUGGACUCGAUGGUUUUCGAAAAGGCUUCUUCAGUUGUACGCGUCCGGUAGACUUCUCCGACCUCCCCGUAGUGAACUAGAGCCGUCCUUCGUUCCGGAACUGGUCUAGCGGGGGCACAACUGACUGCCAACCAGAUUCGUUUCCAAGGUGGUCCCGACUAAUUUGGUCCGCCUAAGACUUCAGUUCUACGUGUCUGCUCGACAGAUUCGAUUCUCUGGUGGUGCCUGGACGUUGUUACGUCGUCCUCGGUUCCAAAACGUGCCUCGCGGCGUUCCGCCUGGCUGCGAACCGAAAUGGUUUUGUAAGGGUGGACUUGAAUAGUUUCGUUUUCGUUUCCUCCGACUUGAGUUCCAAGUCUCUGUUUGUCCACCUGACUGCCAACAUUUUCAAGGUUGUGUUUACGAGUUCGUUCUCCUAACCGGUGUCCGCGGUCCACUGCUCUAGCCUUGUGGUGGCCCGAAAGGGCUUGACGUCUCUCUUCAAAGUCACCGACCCCCAGUUGCCUUCCAUCCCACCUUCCUCGGACCAUGAAUUUUUUUUUUUUACCGUGAAUGCCUGACAGCCAACACACCCAACGAUCAUCAGCAUAAAGAAGCUGCCUUUCCGCAAUUUUGCGGCCAACCGGCAAAGGUUGCUGGGGAUCCCUCUCUUUGCGUCUCGAGAAGACGCAUUGUACAAUCAGGUCUUACGUGUGUGUGUGUGUGUGUGUGUGUGUGUGUGUGUUUGUACUGUCUAAAGAGACUAUGUCGCGUUUACACAACAGAAGCAAAAAUCCCAAUUUGGUUCCAAGAGAAAACUGGAUGCUUUUUUGAAAAGAAAAAACAAAACAAAAAAAAAAAUGUUUGUACGUACUUGUUGAGCCGCUGCGUGCCCCCUGAGCAUCUCUCGAUCAGACCUUCUGCCUGUAAAUAGCUUAAGAUUGUAUUGACAUGACAUUGUACUUGUUUUACUAGAUUGUCGUAUAUUAUAUCGAUAUAUAUCUCAGACAUAAAUUAUUGUGUUUAAUAUAAGAUUUAUUCUUGUGCAAGACCUGCAUUGGCGACCUUCAUACCGCAGGGGGGGCUGUUGGAGUCGUUCUGUCCUGCGGGCUGGAAGGUUUUUGUUCAGAUAUAUCAAAAUAUCGAGAAAUAUAUAGAGAGAGAUGGAUAUCGCACAAGACAAGUCAGAUCUUCUCUUCAAGGAAACACGCCGCCGUGAUCUUUGACGGAGGCUCGCCUUACUCGUUCCUUCAAGAAAUCCGAGUGACUGUCAAUUGCGAGCGGUUCUCGGAGUGCUUUUGUGCCGCCGUGAAACAAGCCAGAGGUCAAGGCGCUCUCUUCUCAGCGCUCUUUUCAGAUUCCGCAACCCCCCCGCAAUCAUUUGAAAUCGGUUUUCGACGUGCGGCGUUACACGGGAGUCGGAGACGAACGGUUGCCCGUCCGGGAGAACGUCGUUCGCCGAGACUCCCGUUACAGCGAGCGGUUCGGUGCGGUUCAAUUCAUCAACAUUUCAAGGUCGCCUUUCCAACGUAGAAGUUGAGAAUCCGUUCUCCGCGUCCACAUUCCACUUCUUGGCACUUUUGCGAAACGCAUUGAACAACAUAAAAUUGGAGUCCGAGAUCGUAAUUCCGUGUGGAAACUCGCCUCUGCAUCGUACCGGAAAAUCUUGUUUGGAACCCUAAUGGAUGCAUAUAGACGGUAACACGCCUUCUUGUAUCGUUUUAAUAUACUACCUUGAUACCAAUUCCUCUUUGGACAGAGUCAUGUGGGACACAGAAAAAAAAAACGAAAGUGAAUUCGUGGACCGUCCACGCCAUUUUGUUUGAUUCCCAACUCGACUGGAAACGUUUUGCGCGACUGAACCAAAACCGUACGUACCGUUUGGUGGAAAAAACUGGCUUGAUUUUUGCUGCACAUAAAUACUGCACAUGAAGGGGGGCUGGGGGGAGUGUUUGCACCACUACGUGUUGAGUACAUCCAAGUUUAUCUUACAAACGCGUGUCCAUUUUUGCCUCGUCGUGGAGGCUUUUCUCAAAAUGGAGGCGGCCUUGAGACGAGCUUCUGGCGCCUUUGUUUUGGCUGUUUGGUUUUGUGGCAGAUGAAAUACGAACAUUUCAAAAUGUGUUUUGUUUUGGGUGUUUAUUUUUGUUGUUUUUUUUUUUUCAUUAUCUUGUGUUUUUGAUAUAAAGACGCCCUUAACGACGAAGCUGCUCUUUGGCUUUGGUGCCACAGUUGUCGCCUUUCAAACAUGGCCAAACUUGCCUUUAAUUGACAUGUUUUAUGUUUAAAAAAAAUGAUGAUGAUGAUUACAAAAAAAUUAUAUAUAUAUAUUCUGUAUAUAUUUGUGCCGGUCACUCAAAUGAAUUGUUAAUGAAUCAACAGGGUUCACACUAAAAGUUAAAAACAAAAAAAACAAUGUAAAUGAUAUUUUGACAUUGACGAUGAUUCAAUCUAUGCAUUGUAUUUCUUAAUUUUAUGUCGCUAUGGUUAUAUUUCUUUCUCUCUUUUUUUUUUUUUUUUGGACUUCAUAUGACAGAGACAUUUUAUUGUAAUAUACAUAGCGCUGUGUUGUUGUUUGUGUUGUUCCUGUUGACAUAGUUCUAUUGGGGGGGGGGGGGGGACGUUUAUUUAGAGAGUAGAUGAUGCAGUGAUUUCUAUGCUAAGCUUUUGUAAACUGACAAUGUCGUUCUUUCUUGUAUUUAGCGCGCGUUUUCACAACCCACAAAGCCAAUGACGAUAGCGUAUUUACGUUUCUAUAUUCAGACAUCACAAUGCAGAUGAACGGACGAGUCGGGAUCUUUUUUUUUUUGUCUUGUGUUAUUUUAUGCAUUGCAAAGAAACAGCUGCACUUUGAAAUCAAUUUUUUUUUUUUUUUUUUGGUUUCGUAUAAAGUGCAAAACGGCAAGAAAAGAGUCCCCAGAUAUUUUCCAAUACAACAUCUGUUACAUUUAACUUAUAUACCACAGACGUACACGGGCUGUGUCCUUUGCAAUCAACACGACUACAGUAUGUUACUUUGUUCAAUAUAAAUGUAUUCAAUCAUGAAUAAAUGUCCUUAUGUGUUGAA